AUGAGAAUUAACGCGGUUUGGCAGAUGAUCGGAAUAUCGACUGUUAUUGGCGAGAAUAAACAGGAACUAAGUAAACUUACAGAUGCGAACUUCUUCUGCAAAAACUGGCUCGAAGAAGAUUUAUCUUGCAGACAGUCGAAAAAGAAACACUUCAUCUACCGAGUAUCAAAAAUAUUCAACGAUCUAAGUUGGAGAGUCUCCACUGGUCGAUGCGCGAACAGAAGAUCCAAAAAGAUCCGAAAGAGACGGGAAAGUAGUUCGGGUAAGGGAAAAUAUUUUAUUAAAGAUUACGAUCCGAUGCAAGCUGUCAUUCGAUCGGCAGUACUGGAUCAUGUGACGAGGAUCAGACAGAUGGCAAAGGCCAAGGCGACGGCCUAUAAGACGGUUUCCAAGAGGAAAACCUGUAUCAUUUCAGCCGCAUCAGCGCUGGAAGAUGAAACCGUUGCUUCCUGCUCCAGAUUUCAUCAUCUGAGACGAAGAGUUGAUGGACUUUUCAGAAGAGUCGAUUUCCUGCGCCGCAGAUGUGCUUAG